AACACUACUUUGAAUGAUAAACAAAGCAUUCAUAUAAAUCUAAUUGAUAAUGUGUUUUAUUCAAUAGCAUGAAAAAUUGAGUCAGGCAUGUGGAUUGGGCUAUUAAAAGAGGUCGCUGCUGCACGAUCGGGAUUAUUUUUUUUUUGUCAUUCUCAGCCAUAGUUUCUACAGCAUAGAUUAUAAACAAAUCGUUAUAUUUGGUCACGGGGUUAAAUGCGGAUCUACCGCUGCGGGACAUUUUGGACGGAAACGAGGCGAAUUUCGUGGUGUAAGUUUUGGAGGAGCUCGAUUCUGCGCAGAAAGCGUGCGGGGUGCGCAGGUGAACGCAGGAUGUCCUCUCCCUCCUCCAAUCCCAUCGCAGCGUUGUGUCAGGUGACGUCCACCCCGGACAAGGAGGCCAACUUCUCUUCUUGUCGCCGAUUGGUGGAGCAGGCGCGGGAGGGCGGGGCUUGCAUGGCCUUCCUCCCUGAAGGGUUUGAUUUCAUUGGCUCCAGCCGGGAGGAAACUCUGCAGCUGUCCGAGGCUUUGGAGGGGGAAACAAUUCAACGUUACACGCGGCUCGCCAGGCAGUCAGGGGUGUGGCUGUCUCUGGGGGGGUUCCACGAGCGGGGACCAGACUGGGAGAGUGACCGCAGGAUCUACAACAGUCAUGUGAUCAUCAACGACCAGGGGUGCAUUGUGUCAGUGUACAGGAAGUGCCACCUGUUUGACGUGGAGCUGACAGGAAGGGGCGUGUCCCUGAAGGAGAGUGCGUUCACCAUUCCGGGACCCCAAAUCGUCCCUCCUGUCCCAACACCCCUAGGCAAGGUGGGCCUGGCUGUCUGCUAUGACCUACGGUUCCCUGAGCUCUCAUUGGCUCUCAUGCGGCAGGGGGCGGAGAUACUGACCUACCCCUCAGCAUUCACCGUGGCAACAGGAGCCGCCCACUGGGAGGUUCUGCUCCGGGCCCGUGCCAUUGAGACCCAGUGCUUCGUUGUCGCUGCUGCCCAGGUGGGACGACAUCACCAGAACCGCACCUCCUUCGGCCACGCCCUCCUGGUGGACCCCUGGGGCGAGGUGAUUGGUCGGUGUGGCGGAGAGGAGCCGGGGCUGGCCCUGGCCGAGAUCGACAUGGAGAAGCUGAAGAGAGUGAGGAGAGACAUGCCUGUUCAAACACACAGACGAGAGGCACAGCUCUACCAGGGUCACACCAGCACCCACUAGAACCAGAGCCUCGCCCCUCCUGCCAUCGCCUCCUCGAGCCCUGCCUGACUGCACAAGGGCAAUUGAAAACCAGUCAAAGUGUCUGAGGUGAAACGGGGUUCCAAAAUACAGUAAAACCUGUCUAAUCUAAUCCUGCCCCUCUACAAACCAGCUGUGUGUGUAUCUCGACAGCAUUUUCAGGCCCUGCUCAAAUCACUAUUGAAAUGAAUGGUGUGUUUCCCUCUGCAAUCCGGAGUCUGUCUGUUCUGGAAUCCGGCUUUAUUUUGUAAGUCUUGUCUGAUUAAAAUCAACGUAAACCAGGCUGUGCAGCCCGGCACAGAGUCACACUCUGUUUCUUUUCCAAGUUUCUAUGUUGCAUAAAUACACACAUGUCCUGAGGGUAUGGCACAUCUGCAGU